UCGUGUACUUUGUGCGGUUGUCUUGGAUACAACAAACAUCUACAAUUUAAUAACAAACCAACUAAAAUAAUACAACAAAAUAAUAGUUUAAACAAGGAACAGCUCCCCCUUCCACCCGCACACACACAUACGCAUACACGCCUCCCCCGCCCCAGUGGAAACACGCGGAUUUGUGGAUACAAUAAAAAAUCAUCGAGAAACUCAACUAAAACUGCAGUCAACAUGAUGUCCUUCAAGUCGUUUAUGCUGCUUAGUUUAUCCCUCGCUGCCAUCAGUGCCUAUGCCUACGCCCAGAUUGCCCCAGGCUCCAAUGCGUACCUGCCGCCCACGAAGAAUGGCUAUGACUACUCCGAACCGCAGACCCCAUUUAAACCCGGUCCACCUGGCAGACCAGCGCCUGGACCUCGUCCACCAGCACCUCCCGGCCAGCCCCGCAACAUUCCCGGCCAGCCAGGCGAUGAUCACGUGCAUAUGCCCGGCAUGCCCUACGAGUUCGAGUACGCCGUUCAGGAUCCGGAGACAGCCAAUGACUAUGCGCACAAGGCGUCCAGCGAUGGUGAUGUGGUGACCGGCGAGUACCGCGUGCAGAUGCCCGACGGACGCACACAAGUGGUGCGCUACACUGCCGACUGGAAGACCGGCUACCACGCGGACGUCAGCUACGAGGGGGAGGCCACAUUCCCGCAGGGACCACAGCCGGGAGCGCGCGGUGCCGGCGGCGGCGGCGGCAGUGGUUACAAGUACUAAGAGUGGGGCGCGUGGCGUGGAUUUCUUGAGAAACGUGUAAACUUUACGAUAUACGAGUACCGCACCAAUAAAAAGUAUU